AUGGAGGAUCUCGAUCCUGUGAUAGGAUACGCUGCAGAACCUUUGUUACCACUUCACGAAGCAUGUGUUCCGUUGUCCAACAUUCUCCACAACUUAUCAUUCUACGUAGAAUUGGCGUUCAAUGAAACACCACAAGAGCCACCCGAUAGCUUGACUGUGGACGAGAGUGCUGCAAUUCGUCUCUAUACUAUUGAAUGGGAAAAACCUCAUCGAAGUCUCUAUUCAAUGCUUAAUUACACUCUCAAAACGGCUCCACGUGAAGAACUUCGACCUUAUUUCAAGUAUAUGAAAUUGUUCUUGACUGCUCUCGCCAAGUUACCCUGUGUUCCACCACUAACAGUGUGGCGAGGUGUAGCCAAAGAUUUAAGUGCUGAUUUUCCACCAGGCACUCUUGUGACAUGGUGGGCAUUUUCCUCGUGCACUUCUGCACUGCCUGUAUUGGAAAAUAAUAUGUACCUAGGUUCAGAAGGUGAGAGAACUCUUUUCUCGGUCGAAG